CAGUCCUUCGCGCCUACAGUGGAGGAAUCGACGGUCCCUGAGCGCACACUGUCUGCAGGAGAGUACCGAGUACCACUCUCGGGGAAGGGAAAUAACGGUUUCUUCUUUUUCCUCGCCUCCCCGUCUGCGAUCUAACUGCAAGAUUCCGGGAAAAAGGGGGCUACUACUACUACUACUACUACGCCUUAUUGUUCCUAAGAGGUGGAGAGGGAAGCGAGGGAUCGGAGCUGCAAGUUUUACCCCCCCACCCCCUCUCCGCUUUUCUUUAUUUGUUUUCUCUCCAGCAAAAACAAAAAAAAAGGAUUCUAUAUUCGGGCUGGUGUGUGUUCCGCUCUCGCCGCAAAGAUGAUGGUCGGAGAGGUCGAAGUCAAGGAGCGACCGAGGCCGAGUCCGGACUAUUUGAUGCAGUUGUUGAACGAGAAGAAGCUCAUGACCAGUUUGCCGAAUCUCUGCGGCAUCUUCACGCACCUCGAGCGGCUUCUCGAUGAAGAGAUCAACAGAGUGCGCAAACACAUGUACAGCGACACAGUGAAUGGCCUUGUGGAGAGACACCCCUUAGAGCUGCCAGAGCCUGCCGGACCCGUGGUCUACUUGCAGGAAAAACUGUUCGUGCCUGUCAAAGAGUACCCAGACUAUAACUUUGUGGGUAGAAUCCUGGGCCCUCGGGGACUCACGGCCAAACAGUUGGAAGCAGAGACGGGAUGUAAAAUCAUGGUGCGAGGCAAGAGCUCCAUGCGAGACAAAAAGAAGGAGGAGCAGAACAGAGGGAAGCCAAACUGGGAGCACCUAAACGAAGAGCUCCAUGUCCUGAUCACAGUGGAGGACACGCAGACCAGAGCCGAAAUCAAGAUGAGGAGAGCCGUCGAGGAAGUAAAGAAGCUCCUUGUACCAGCUGCAGAGGGUGAAGACAAUUUGAAGAAGAUCCAGCUAAUGGAGUUGGCCAUUCUCAACGGGACAUACAGAGACAACAACAUCAAAGCUCCCACCCUUGCGUUCUCUCUUGCAGCGGCGGCAGCAGCCGCUCAGGGACCCCGCCUCAUAGCGACGCCCACAGGUCAGAUGAUUCCUCACCAGGCGCUCCGGCCCCCGACCCCUGCCGGGGGCCCCAUCAUGAACCUCAUCCGGCCCACACAGAUGGCCGCCAUGCUGCCCAAUGGCACCCCCACUCUGGUGCCGCCCUCGCCCGACGGCGGGCUCAUCUACACCACCCCUUAUGAUUACCCCUACGCCCUGGCACCCACCUCCCUGCUGGAGUACCCCAUCGAGCACAGUGGGGUUCUAGGUAAGCGAGCCUGGGGGAGCAUGAGUGCGGCGGGUACGGCAGCCAGCUUUAGCCAGCCCGGACCUGAGGGCAGCUUGUUUUACCCCGGAUUUGGGGUGCUGGACACGGCUUCCAUGAGCCACAGUCAAGACUUGUUGAAAGGUGCAAUGGCUACUAAAGUGAGACGGCAUGACACGCGAGUCCAUCCUUACCAAAGGAUUGUGACCGCUGACAGAGCCGCCACCGGCAACUAACACAUGACCUUCUGACCUCUGAACUCUUCACCCAAUGACGAGCCGCCCCAAGCCUGCCUGCUGAUCAGUUAACUGGUAAUUUGCCUUUCGCUAGCCUCUCGGACGCAAGUGACAGAGAGAGAAAGAGAGAGAACUUGAGGGAGGCGCCUACCCUAACAAAAUCUUCACACAAACAUGACAAAAAGUUGUUUAAUACUCCAUUAUUAUUUUUGUUUGUUUUUUUCACUCCCAAUCCCCUCCCCCUUCAUUGAGUUUAGUUCCCAUUCUUUCUCUUUCUUUUUCUUCACGAGUCACAAAGCGGGUGGGAUGUUUGUGGUGUUAAUCAUAAAAAGUGCACUGAAGUUUAAUAGCAAUAAGAUGCCAACAGGAAUCCACCUGUACCCGUGGGGGGAGGGGGGGUCCAUCUAUAUUGGGUUUAGAAUGGCAACACAAUGCCCCUUAAAAAAGAAAGGAGGCUCGGGUGAUGUCUACUGUAGCCCACCCACUCCAGAAAGAAAAAGAAGGAAAGAGAACACUUAACUCUUGACUUGGAUUUCCUGUCAACAUGUUAGCGUGCUGACACAUUCUGGGUGUGCCCCCCUUUUAGCCUUGCCCCCAAACAGCUUUCUGUCUGAUUGUUUAAACAAACGCAUGGCUGUCACAAUUGCAAACAAUACGCUUUGUUCAUUUUUUGUUGUUAUAAUCUGUGUGUUUUAUUUUUGGGGGAAUCUGCGCUUAAUUUCCUGUUCACAUGUUUUUGUUGUUGUUGUUUUACUUGAUGCAAGCAGUGGGGGCGGGUUUUUGUUUUUUUCCUUUUUGUUUUUUUCUUUCUGUCAUGCUAAAGAAGCAGGCUGCCAAAGCUAAAAUGGGAUGGUUAUAAUUUGGGAUGAAGGGUUAAUGUGUGCGUUUGUGUGCUUUCUUUUAAACAUUUUUGUGUUUUUCUUUCAAUUACUAUCAUGAAAGUAAGGUGUUAUGAGGUUUUGGGGCACCCCCCCCACCCCCGCCCCCGCUGUCCCUAUUCACACUAUAUCCAUUUAACAGUGCCUGAUGCAUUUAGAACAAAAAAAAAAUCUCAAAGAGUUUGCUAAAGCUGUGAUCAAAAAAGACAAAAAAAAAAAAAAACAAGUAUUAAGUGUGCAUAUUUAGCCAAAGGAUUUUCCUAUGAAUUAUUACUACUAUUGUCAAUCUGCAAUUAUGCAUCUGUCUCGCAGAGGGCUCGUUGUGGUUUUAAAAGUUUGCAACGGUGUGAAUUUGUGGUGCCUGCCUUCAGCUGGAUGAGACAACCAGUCCGAUAGCGUUUUCAUUUGAAUUUUGUUGUUUUUAUUUUUUCCUGAGACGCAGGAGAGUAACACUAAAACUAAAACUAUUGAAUUGCUGUAAUUGGUAGAAAAAAAGGGCACUCACUUUUAAUUUUCCUUAUGACACAUUGCCAAUUUUUUUUACCCAUUUUUUAUUUUUAUUUUUUACAAAUAUAUUAGGCCAAUUUAUUUACAUCGGAACAUGCCAACCUGAAAGCGCAUCCACAAUGUGUCACACCUCUCUCACCCUUUUUACAAAUUCUUUUGUUGAACUCUCUCAAGAAAAAAAAUAGGAUGUGAAAGCCAUGCCUGCCUGUUUAAAUUGCUUUAUACAUACGUCUUUUAUAUAUAUAUAUAUAUAUAUAUUUAUAUAUAUAUAUAUAUAUAUAUAUAUAAAUAAAUGUAGAUACGCCAUUGCAUAUAUAAAUACUGAAGCGAACAAAAAAAUGGAUGAUUUUACAGGGUGCUGGUGUAGAGAAAAGAAAAAAAAUCUAUUUUUGGCUAUUUUAGCUUUUGAUACUUUACUUGCAGAUACAAAAUCAGAAGGAAAAAAAAAAACAAAAAAAUGAAUGAGAAAGUGCAAAUGCUGUUUGCCUGGAUUUGACUGGAAGGAAGUGUUUUAAAAGGAACAAAUCAAAACAAAAGAAAAACAAAAAAAAGUGCCUUAACAAGAGUGGUCUCUGUUUUUUCCGAGUAGUCCGGUUGUGUUUAGUAAGUAAAAAAAGAUAGAAAAACCCAGCACCCACCCGAGAUGGCGCAGCAGGGCGAAACGGCUCGUGUUUUUUUUGCCGUCGUCGUUGUUACUCUAUGCAACCAGAAUUAGCUAACCAGCUAACUAUGUGCCAUGUUUUUUUGUCUUCCUCAGAUUACUUUUCUUGUUACUUGACAGCCCUUUACUCUGCUGUAUGAGCAGGCUCCUGAAUUUAAAGAAUCAUAUGAAUUGUUUUUUUUUUUGCGUGUGCGCGUGACUUAACUUCCUAGAAGAAAUGGAGCUGCCGGUAGCAAUGUAGUAAGACGCAUUGAGUCGAUCGUGAGCUGAGAAAAAUACAUUGACAGUGUUUGUUUCUACGACGAUUUGACCGCUAAAUCGUGAAACAACGUCACAAAAUCAAUAUCACCAUUAUUAGCGUUUCCGUUCAUGGCUUUCUCAUCAAGCCGUUACGCCGAAAGGUCAAUGAAAUUCUCUUUUCUUUCAGUGUUAUUAUUAGUGGCAUAUUAUUUAGAAAUUGAAAUGCAAUAUUAAAAGCGGAGAUGGCUAUUCAGCAGCAUUUGACAGUAUUAGGAGAAGUCCCUCCGCGAUGUUACACGCUACGGUGUCGUCGUGUUGGCGGUCCAGCCGAUAGAAAAGUUGAAAGACGUUACCGACCGUAUUCUCUUCUCUUGGCCUGCCUAUUACACAUGUAUGAUAAUGUAAUUAACAGCCAUUGUUACAGGUUUAUAAUGUAUUUUUCUAAUCUCAUUUUAUAUGUAUAUUAAUCAUGUUUUUGAGUGCUUUUUUAUGACCUCCCCGUCCCCCAAACCUUUCCUUCUCCUUCCCUUGCCCCCACAACCCCUCCACUUUUUUAAGUGUCUGGUGGGGAGUGUUGCCUUUUUCCACCCCCUUGUUAAAAAUUAUAUUUUGUUUUCAUGCCCAGCUUGUUUAACUCAUUAGCGACUUGAUUAGUUUUUUUCUUGUCAUAAGUAUUUUUACAUGCUUGCCAUUUAGUUUUCAUGGUGUAUGCUGUUGUUUUUUUUCCUUUUUUUUCUUAUUAACCUCUUGGCAUUUAUUUUAAUAAAACAUUCUUAGUAAGAAUUUUA